AUGUUUGUGGGCGGCGUUUCAUCUUUAGUGAGAUUCUGCGUUGCCACGUGUUGUCCAUCCGUAGACGGUUAUGACUGGAUGAAGGACAAGUGUCUUCGUGCGCCAUUAGUUAGUCCUUAUUUUAAGGUUUCGCUUACUAACGUACCUGAUUUGGAUGAUGGGGAGAAAGACUUCGCCCAGUCUUUGCUGUCGGAUUGUCGUUUUGACAAGCCCAAGUACAGCGUUCUUUUAGAACAGUAUUUGAGUCGUCGUGAGAUACUUUUGGCGGAUAUGGGCGAGGUCACCAGCGGCGUUCCUAAUCCCUCUACAAUCGCCGUGCCGAAUCCGACGCCUGAUUCGGUGAAUCCUGAUCUUGAUCCCGCUUCUGGCGAUCAAAAGCGUCCUGCUGAGGACCAGGCUGGGGCUUCUACCAAGCGUCCCAAGAAGAAGAAAUCUUUUGGGGUGUCUAUUGAGGACGCGCCUCGGUUUGCUGCUUGGGCGGACGCGCAAAAUCCGCCUCGUCUUUCAAACGUCGCCAUUCUUCAUGCUUGCAUGGAGAAUAUUAUGAUAAAAGAGGACAUUGAGUCCAUUGAUCGCGAACAUGGCGAUAAUUUGGCUGAGUUCGCCUGUCUCGGCGGUUUUUCGGUGGUCCAGUCCAUCGCUGUUUUGGAGCGCCGCCGAAGGGAUGCGGUGGAUCAAUUGAAGAAGCUUCAGAGAGAUUCCGAAUCCUGGCUCUCCGAGAAACAAAAGAUGGAGGAGGAGGCUGGCGAGGCGACUGGUCUGAUCCAACAGCUGAGGUCCUCCGUAUCUACCAAGACUCGGGAGAUUUCCGCUUUAGAGGCUCGGGUUCGAACUUUAUCCGAGGAAGUCGAGUCUCUACAAUCUUCUUCAGGUGCUCUCGCUAAGGAGAGGGAUGAUCUGAAGAAAGAAGAGGGGCGUCUCCGCCGGCGAUUGGGUGACUCUGGGAGCUUUUAUUCCCAAGUCAUGACACAAUACCGGUUGGCGAUCGGGGCAAAGCUGCGGGAGCAGAAUCCUGGCGUCGAUCUUUCUGGAGUCAAUCAGUUGGAUCCUGCUUCUUUGGCGAAGGAGGUGAAGGCGAAGCUUGAUAAGCAGAAGCAAGAUGCUUUGAAUAAGGCUUAGUUUUUAUUUUCUCCUUUUUGUAUUUUUUGCUUUUUAGUAUUUUUUGCUUUCGCCUUUUUUUUGUAUUGGAUCGUGGCGGAUCCUUUGUAAUUUUUCUUCUGUGAAUAUAAUGAUCUUUUGACCAUUGCUUUUCUUUAGUUGUAGAGUUAAUCUAAACUCGUUUGUUAUUUUGAGAAGUUAAUCUAAACUUCUG